AUGGCGUACAACAUCCUCUCCAAGUACCACGAGGACUCGGACGCCGACGACGAGUUCGAGCGCGGCGGCUGGCAGCGCGACCAGGUCGCCGUCGAGUACGAGAGCUCGCCCACCAGCUCCGGCCCGCUGAGCACCGAGCACACCCCGACCACCUUCACCCACAGCAGAGACAGCCGCAUCAGCCCCACCGGCCUGGUCGUCGACUGGAGCGCCGAGCAGGUUGCCGACUACAUCUCCGACCUGGGCCUCGACCAGUAUGCAGACGCGUUUGUUGACGAGGGCAUCACCGGCGACGUCCUAGCCGCCCUGCAGCACGCCGAGCUCAAGGAGAUGGGCGUCGGCAGCGUCGGCCACCGUCUGACCAUCCUCAAGGCCGUCUACGAGAUCAAGGUCAAGCAGAACGUGCCUAUCGAGCCUGACGACUACGUUCCGCUGUCCGCCGACACCUCCGCCCAGGAGGCACCCCCCACCCAGGACGACUUUGCCAAGGUCAUCCGCGUCGUCCAGGCUCGCGACGAGCGCAUACACACAGCCGAGUCGGAGCUGCGGCACCUGCGCGAAGACCUCACCCGCGUCAUCGACGAGAACAAGCGUCUGCGCGAGGAGAUCCUGCCGCUCGUGCGCAUGCUCAAGGAGCAGCAACAAAUGCUUCCCACGCUGCCCACAACCCACGAGCACGUCGCCUCGCCGCCGCCCACCCAAGACAACCGGACCGGUAGCAGUCUGUCCCGUAAGUUCUCCACCAAGAAGCUUUUCCUAGGGUCAGCGCCCAAGAACCCGUCUCCAACCAUUCAGGAGCACCGCGCCCUCGUCGACCACGCCUCGUUAGACCCCUCAGCAGCAGCCGUCGCAGCUUCCUCACACCUCACAGCGUCACUAGGUUCGAGCGCGCAAAUGUCGCCCAACUCCAUCGCCCAGCCCUCGCCCACCUCCCCCGCAUACAACCAAGGACGCACGCAGUACACACGUCCCGAGAUACCACGGAGCCACCAGGACCACGACAACACGCAGAGCUGGGCCUCGUCCUGGAACUCGGAGCAAACAGCCACCAACCGCGACCCCCGCGCAACCCCCGGCCCUCUUUCUGCCCGGCCAAUGCGCACAAACGCCGCACCCGCUCCCACAGUAGACGACCGAGACCGAGACCGAGACCGAGACCGAGACCCCCCUCUGUCUGGCGGCUCCAACGCGAACAACCUGCAACCAUCCACCAGCUCCCAGCAAGCUCCCUCGUCGAAUCCACAGGUCGAGAUAUUCAAAUCUUUCCGCGUGUCCAUCGACGACCCCUGCCAUAAGGUUCUUCCUGUAGCGCUGAAGAAGUACAACAUCACCGCAGACUGGCGGCAGUAUGCGCUGUACAUUGUACACGGCGACCAGGAGCGUUGUCUGGGCUUGAACGAGCGACCUCUGAUACUGUUCAAGCAGUUGGACAAGGAAGGCCGGAAACCCAUGUUUAUGUUGCGAAAGCACGCCGCGCCAGAACAGGGCCACGUCAGUACCGUUGGCGGAAACGACGUUCGAGCCGUGCCUCCGAACAGCGGAUUCGGGUGGGACAACCAAAACCGAGGGACGCCGCUGCCGGGUGGUGUGCUAUAG